UCUCCACCUUCAGCCUGGACAGUUUAAGUGUAAAUUCUCUGACCUUGUGUUUGAGAUGGAGCUUGAAGGCAGUCUGAUGUAUAAAGUAGUGUCCUGGGACAGCCAUGUCUUGUUUGGAUUAGACCAAAUUGAGCCUGCAGGACCUCUGUACAGUAUCAAGUGCCAUAAAGGAUCAAUCCAUUGCCUGCACCUUCCACACUGUGAGACCCGUACAGAUGUGGUUAAAUUGACUGUCGCUCAUGUGACUGGUGGAAAUGUGGAGAUCAUUCAGCCUGUAGAAGUUACAGACACACAUGUGAUCAUAGAAGUUCAACACCUCUCAUGUUUUGGUGUUUUAAAGCCAUUGCUAUACAGAGUGUAUCCCAUCAGAGCCCAAGUUCUGUUGUUAUAUGAGCAAAGUCUGAGUAAACUUCACAUCCAUCUGUUGAAGCAGAAUGUCCCGGUCGAAGAGGUGCAGAAAAAACAUCAGAGAAUCACAUACAUUACAACAAGCUCCAAAUGUGUACUGAGCCCUCGUAAAACAUACAGGACAUGCUGUAAAACUGAUGACUGUGAUUAUGUUUCUCAACCAGAGGAGGAGAAGUUUGAUCGUGACUAUGACCCAAACUACCACCCUACAUUUGAGGUGUUCCUCAAUACUGAUGUUAAACAAGUCACAUUAAGUAUUUUGGAUGAAGAAGCCCAGGUGGUGUGGAAGCCUCGGACUGUCGUUCUUACAGUACCUGAAACAUCAGAUACAAGUAGAGCUUCGACCAGUAACGAUUCACCCGGUGCUGAUUUUGUGGAUAAUUUCAGAUCCCAGCUCAUUCAGAGAGUUCCUUCAGUAAUGGAGAUAGUAGACCGUGUAAUAUCCAAGAAUAUUAUUACUCAUGAAAUGUACAAUAAGAUCAAUACAGAGGCAACAUCCCAAGACAAAAUGAGAGAACUGUUCAGAUAUCUCGACUCGGCAGGACAAGCUGCGAAAGCUCAAUUCUAUGAAAUUCUUCUAGAGAAACAUCACGAUUUAGUGACGAUCUGGAGUCGGGAUACGGUCCUUAUUAGUGGACGUUUAACUGAGUGAAUCACAUGCACACAGGGGUGUAGACUUGAUUCUUGCGCCCCAUGUAAAGACAUACAAAUGUUAUUUGCAUGUUAAUAGGAAGUGUUGGUCCUGGAGAGACGUUGUCUUGUAGAGUUUAGCAAAGUCUUCAAGAUUACUAAGGCUACACACAGGUGAGGUUUUUAUCAGUAUUAGAUCUAAACUCUGCAGGACAGCAGCUCUACAGGACCGACAGUGUCUUCUCCUGUUCUAUACUGAACACUAUACUCAAUACAUGAUUCUGUAUCCAGAGCUCCUCAAGUAUUAUUGUAGAGGAUUUAUUUUAUUGUGUUUUAUUAAAAGGCAUUGGGGUUUGUAGUUCAGAAUAUUAUUAUUAUUAUUAUUUCAAACAUUAAAUAAAUAAAAAAAAAUCUAUAACUGAAAUAAAAAAAUUGCCUUCUUUAGCAGCAUGUCUGUAAAAAAAAUCAAAAUAAAUAACAAAAUCAAAAAGAAGGCUGAAAAACUUUUAACAGGUGAUCAUUUUAGGACCUUUUUUAUGGUACAAGGAUCUUGUUAGAACAUAUGAUAGACAUGGUCUUAGGGUACUAAUGCUGACAAGUUGGUGGUGGUCAUUAUUGCCCUAAUGCCCACUGGGUCUUUUUCCUAAGUUGAAUUUCUUGGCUUGACUGUUUUACGUAAGCCUAUUUCUCAUACAGUUGGUUAAAACCUUUUUAAAUAAACAAAAUAAAUAAAUAAUCAUU